AUGGAGGUGAAGAUCCUGCACAGGAACCCGGAGGAAUACAAAAACAACCCGGGGGCCUCCACAUACAAGCAUAGCAGAAAUGUCGACUCGAACAUUCACCUCUUCCAAAGGGAAAUAGAAUAUAAGAGGGCCCUAAAUGCAACAAAAAUGGAUAAAAUUUUUGCAAAGCCUUUAGUGAAGUGUUUAGAUGGACACGACGAUUCAGUCCGAUCACUCUGCGUGUCAAAUAAGUCAUUAACUGAUCUGUACAGCGGCAGUUGUAAUGGCUUCAUUAACAUAUGGAACGUGCUCAAUAAAAGGUUAAUUAAAAAAGUGAAGGCCCACGAAGGGUUCGUGAGGGGACUGUGUGUCAGUCAUGACGAAAAAUUUCUCUUCAGUUGUGGCGACGACAAGUAUAUUAAGCAGUGGGCUAUCGAGAAGGGUAGGGGGGUGAGCGAGUUGGGCGUCCAGGAGGAUGCCAGCAGCUUCUCCGCUGAAAACGGCAUUGGUUCGAACAACUUCAGCGCAAACAGCGGUAGCCAACACCUGGAUGUCUGGGACUACUACAGAAACAAUGCCAUAGCUAGUUUCGAUUAUAACAGUGAGUACAUAUAUUAUGUGAAGUUCAAUUAUGCACAGAGGAACCUAGUGGGGUUAACUCUUUCGGAUAAUUCUGUAGGGCUAGCUGAUAUAAGAGCUAAGACGCCUAUCAAAAAAAUAUUUUUAAAAUACAGAUGCAAUUCCCUAAGUUGGAAUAAUAUGAACCCAAAACAGUUUGUGGUGGCGAAUGAGGACUCCAACCUUUACACCUUUGACAUGAGGCACUUAAAAACUGCUACUCUUGUGCAUAAAGGGUUUGUAAAUGCUGUGUUGGAUGUAGACUACUCUCCAAUUGGUGACAAAUUUGUUGCUUGUUCUUAUGAUAAGACAGUUAGAUUAUUCAAUAGCGAUGAAUCAAGGAGCUAUGAUGUGUACCACACAAAGAGAAUGCAACAUGUACUAUGCUGUAAGUUUAGCUUAGACACCAAGUAUAUCUACACCGGAAGCUCAGACAUGUGUAUUCGUAUUUGGAAAUCUUGUGCUCAUGAGCCAUCUGGUAUUAUGUCCAACAAGGAAAAGCAAGCCAUAAACUACCGAAACAAACUUAAGGAGAAAUAUUCAUCGCUGAAGGAAAUUAGACGCAUUAGGGAUCACCACCAUGUCCCUGCGCUCAUCAAAAGCAUGUCCGACAAAAAGAAGGUGAUGCUGGAGGCCAAGAAGAGGCGCGAGAAUAACAGAGUCAAGCACUCCAAGGACCCAGACCAGCUGCCCAUUCCGGAGAAGAAAAAAAUAUUCGUCACGGAGCAGUAG